UAAAUAUUGUACUAGUAAUGAUUCCAACAAAAUUUUCUGUAAAUAUUUAUAAAAUGUAUGUAAAUAUAUAUUAAAUAUUUCCCCAACAAUAUUGUAUAAACAUGACUAAUUUAAUAUAUUAUUAAUAUGUAUAAAUAUUAACAAAUAGCAUACUAAUGUUUGAAAAAUAUAUAUACAAAACUAUGGCGGGGAAUUUUUCACGGCUGCGCAGAGCGAAUGUAGUUUGCGUUUGCACUCGAUGGUCGCCAUCCGUUGAUGGUCUGUGGCCGCCAUUAAAUUUACGUGUUUUGGUGUUUACGUAGGUGCAUUUUUUUAAAUUAAUCGUGUCGUUAAGUACCCAAGAAUUAUAAAUUGCAAGUCUUCAGGAUGCCAAAUCCGAGAGCAAAUCGAUCAAAAAGGCAAACAAACCGAAUCUUGCAUAAACAGGUAAAUGCAGCAAUGCUUGAAAUCAAACAAUCCGCAGCUAGUCGUAACAAUAUUUGUGUUGCUACUGAGCCCCAUAAGAAUAAACCAUUGAAGAUUUCAACCCCACAUCAUGACGAUGAUAUCGUUUGUAUCGAAGUUCCUACCGAAGAUGCAGGCCGUAAUGAAUUAGUCAGUAAUAUCGAUAGUUUCGAUGAAUCUUCUCUCGAUGAUAAUGCAUUUGAGGAUAUUAUGGAAGUAAAUGAGACUGAGUUUUCGGUGAAUGAUUCAAUAAAUGAAAUGCAAACUUUAGAUGAAAAAUUGAGGGUGUGGAGCACAGAAGAAAAUGUACCUCAUUCUACAUUUAGAAAACUCCUAGAAAUUCUUAAAUCAGAAAAUGAUAUAAAUGCAUUUAAAAAUCUACCAAGAGAUCCCCGCACCCUAUUGAACACACCAAGAAAAGUAUUGGUGAAGACAUUAGAUAAUGGAAGUUUCUAUUAUUUUGGCAUCUCGGACACUUUAAAUAAUUUGUUAUUGCAAUUAAAAUAUACUAUACCAGUUAACACACCGCUAAUUGAAAUAAUAGUUAACAUUGAUGGAUUACCAUUAACAUCUAGUUCAAACAGUUCAUUAUGGCCAAUAUUAAUUAAAAUAGAUUCCUUAUUACAUAUUAAAAAUUAUGUUGUAAUGGUGGCUGUUUUUCAUGGAUAUUCAAAACCUUCUUCAGCCAACGAGUUCUUGAAAGACUUUAUUGAUGAAGCAGUGAAUUUAUCAAAUAAAGGUAUUUUUCUUUCUGGGAACAAUUAUCCUUUUCGAAUCAAAAUGCUGGUUUGUGAUGCCCCUGCUAAAUCAUAUGUUUUGAAUGUCAAAGGACAUACUGCAGAAACUGGCUGCACCAAAUGCUAUCAAACUGCUGAAAGAAUUAACAAUGUAAUGUGUUUUCCAUGGACAGCUAAGCGGAAUUUACGGAGUGAUUAUGAAUUUAGGAAUUGCUCUCAAGAUAAUCAUCAUCAGGGUACGACUUUGUUCACAAGUUUACCAAAAUUUGACUUAAUCAAAGAUGUGCCUCUUGACUACAUGCACUUAGUAUGUUUAGGUGUAAUGAAGAGGUUACUAUGUCAUAAAAAUUUUGGUUGGAUUCAAGGAACUUUUUUACACAAACUUUCUGCAACUCAGCAAGGUGAAAUAUCGAAAAAUCUUAAAGAUUGUAAUAAUUUUAUUGUAUGUGAAUUUUCUAAUAGAAAAGCUAGAUCUUUACAACAUUGUGCACGUUUUAAAGCUGUAGAGUUUAGAUUGUUAUUAUUAUAUACAGGACCUGUUGUAUUUAAGAAAUUUCUCAAACCUGAUUAUUAUUAUAAUUUUUUAAAUCUGUAUAUUGCAAUGCGAAUAUUGAAUAGUGAGGAUUAUGGUACAUCUACAGAUAUGUUGGUAUAUGCAAAAGCUCUUUUGGAUGCCUUUGUUAAGGACAGCGGAAGAAUAUAUGGCCCUGAUUUUAUAUCAUUUAAUGUUCAUAAUCUUCUUCAUUUAGUAGAUGAUGCUGAAAGAUUUGGGCCUGUACAUAAUUUUUCAGCUUUUGAUUUCGAAAAUUAUAUGCAGAUACUUAAAAAGUUAGUAAGGAAACAAGAUAAACCUAUUCAGCAAAUAGUUAAGCGUGUGUCUGAACGAAUAUCUUGCAAGAUAGAUCGCCCUCAAUUUUUUAUGGAGUAUCCCCAGUUUUUAAAUGAGCAUUCAAAGGGUCCUCUGUUAAGACAUUGUUGCUCACCACAAUUUAUGAUUGCAAAACUUAAAGGUUACACGUUUAAAUUAAAUUUAAGGGAUUGUUAUGCUUUGUUAAAUGAUAAAAAUUUAAUUAAAAUUUGUAAUUUUGUUACUCUUGGAAAUGCCAUUUGUGCCAUUGGCCAAUCUUUCACAAAAAUUCGACCUUGGUUUAAUAGACCUUGUUCAUCGGAAUUAGUGGGUGUGUGGUGUAUCAAUAUAAACCAUUUUAGUAAUCUAAAAAUGUAUAAUAUCAGUGAUAUCCGUUGUAAGGUAAUGAUAUUACCAUAUAAUGAUAAUGAAUAUAUUGCAACUGCUUUGUUACAUUUGUAAGAUAUUGGAUGUAAAAAUU